GAUAUUCAUGGUUUUAUUUUAUACCAUUCAGUAAGACGACGAUAAACUUCUGACUACAUUCAGUCUCGAUUCACUCGUUCCAAGGUAUACAACACAUAAGGAAAUGAUGUUUAAGAAACUUAUCUUUUUCUGCCUGGUGGUAGCGAUAGUUCGCAGCGAUACAACGGAAGAAGUCUCCAGCUCCAUAGAUACAUCUCCCACAACAUCCAGCAUUGAGAACCUAACUUUAGAAGAACUAAAGAAACACGGGGCGAACCCAAAGAAUAAAGGAAUUUCUCUCCGUUCCUCAGACUCGCUUUUCGGACUCGGGAUCGGUGCAAAUCUCCUAGGAGUGCAUGCAGGCGCAGGUAUAGGCCAUGGCCGUGGAGGCUAUGGUGAUAUGGGGCCAAGGAUUUGUUGGCAAACCUGCAGGAGGCCAAUACCCACAAUAUCCACAGUAUCCAAAUUAUCCAUACCCUACGUAUAUGCAACCACAACCAUACUACCUGCCAGCAGCUCGUCUACACCAGUGAACGUCUCAAGGAAUGCUACUAUCGACACCUCCAACGUGUUACCUUCCCUCUUGCACAUACAUGGAUUUCAGUUUGAGAUCUCAUUGAAUAUGGAUCUCCAUAUAAACUUAACUAUUUAGCACUACUCAAAUAUAUAUUGUCAUGAAUGACGCAUUAAAAAAUUAAUCAAAUUA